AUGCUGCAGCGCUCCGACCAGCUCGAUAAAGUGGAUCAGUACCGGAGGAGAGAGGCCCGUAAGAAGGCAUCUGUGGAGGCCAGGCUCAAGGCUGCAAUCCAGUCCCAGCUCGAUGGGGUCCGUACCGGCCUCAGUCAGCUGCACACAGCUUUAGUGGAUGUGAAGGAGAUCCAGAGCUCUCUCGGAGACGUGAGCAAAGACUGGAGACAGAGCAUUAACACAAUAGAGAGUCUGAAGGACGUGAAGGACGCCGUGGUGCAGCACUCUCAGCUGGCCUCUGCAGUGGAGAACCUCAAGAACAUCUUCUCUGUUCCUGAAAUCGUGGCCUCCACCCAGCAGCUGAUCGAGCAGGCGGACCUCCUCCAGGCGCACCGGAAGCUAAUGGAGCUGGAGAGCUCCAGAGACGACCUGAUGUACGAGCAGUUCAGGAUGGACAGCAGGAACACCAGAGACAUGCAGCUGAUCAACAUCUACUUUGAGGACGUCCAAGGUCUGUCAGAUGAACUGGCCAAGCAGCUGUGGAUGGUCCUGCAGAGGGCCAUGGGGACAGUGCGUAAAGAUCCCACCAUGUUGGUGUCUGCGGUCCGAAUCAUCGAGAGGGAGGAGAAGAUCGACCGCAGAAUGGUGGACCGCAAGAAGCAGACGGGCUUCAUCCCCCCAGGAAGACCCAAGCGCUGGAAGGACAAGAUGUUUCAGGUCCUGGAGGGCACGGUGAGCACCCGUAUUGAGGGGACUCAGGCCGUGACCCGGGAGGCCGAUAAGAUGUGGCUGGUGCGGCUGCUGGAGAUCAUGAGGAAAUAUGUUCUGGACGACCUCAUUGUCGUGAGGAACCUGAUGGUGCAGUGCUUCCCACCGCACUACAACACCUUCGACCGGUUCUUCAGCCUGUACCACUGUGCUGUCUCCACUCGGGUGACAGAGUUGGCUGCAGAGGAGCUGGAGGCCAACGAGAUUGUGUCCCUGCUGACCUGGGUCCUGAACACCUACAAGAGCUCAGAGAUGAUGGGCCACCCGGAGCUGCGUGCGGAGUGUGACGUGAACACACUAGAGCCGCUUCUCCCUCAAGAAGUGGUUGACGAGCUGCUCAGCAAUUACAUCCAGACCUUCACUUCCAACAUCACCGGUUGGUUGCGGAAGGCUCUGGAGACGGAUAAGAAGGACUGGCAGAAGGAGACGGAGCCCGAGGCGGACCAGGAUGGGUUCUACCAGACCACACUGCCAGCCAUCGUCUUUCAGAUGUUUGAGCAGAACCUGCAGGUCGCGGCUCAGAUCGAUGGAGACUUCAGAGAACAGGUCCUCAAGCUCUGCCUCAAACAAAUGAACUUUUUCCUCCUACGUUACCGAGAGGAGGUGGUUGUGUUCAAAGAGGAACACCUCCGGGACCGACAACUGCCUCAGUGCUACGUGCAGUACAUGAUCGCCAUCAUCAACAACUGCCAGACCUUCAGGGAGUCUAUAAACAGCCUGAAGAGGAAAUACAGUGCAAACCCGGAGCACACAGACAGCGACGCCGCCAUCGAGAAAACUCUAAACGAAGUGGCCAAAGAAGGAUGUCAGUACCUGCUGGACGAGGUGUUCUUGGACUUGGAGAACCACCUGACCGAGCUGCUGACCAGGAAGUGGCUGGGCGGCUCUCACGCGGUGGACACCAUCUGUGUGACGGUGGAGGACUAUUUCAACGACUUCAACAAGAUCAAGAACCCGUUUAACCAGGAGAUGACCGGAGAGGCUUUGCGACGUGUGGUGGUAGAAUACCUCAAAGCUGUGAUGCAGAAGCGUGUGACGUUUAAAAAUGCAGACGAGCGCCGAGACGGAGCCGAGCGCAUGAUCAAAGAGGCCGAGCAAUUCCGGUUCCUCUUCCAGAAACUGUCUGCGGGAGAGGAUACAGACCGUCUGUGUGGAGCCAUCGCUGCCAUCGCAGAAGUCUUCAAACUCACCGACCCCACGCUGCUCUAUCUGGAGGUGUCCACGCUGGUGUCAAAGUAUCCGGACAUCAGGGAGGAGCAUGUGCAGGCCCUCUUGGCUGUCCGUGGAGAUGCCAGCAGAGAAAUGCGGCAGAUGAUCGUGGGCACUCUGAACGAGAACAGAGCGCCCCCUUUAGGCUUCGCUCAGCCCAUCUUCAGAAACAUCCCCGUCCCCAACAUUGCGAUGACGACCAUGACUACCAUGACGUCGAUGGCGACCGCCAAGCUGCUCAAAUGA